AUGCCUGCAACGCUAGAUACCCCGGUGUUGACCGUCGACGUCAACCGCAUCCACAAGGUCGACACGCGCAAUGUUGAGAAUCUGUUCAGCAUGUGGACAGGGCGACGCCUGGAGAACCUGAGCUGGCGGUUAUGGAACCGUGAGACCUUCUGCUGCGCUCCCGUCUCCGAGGCCAACGCGACCACCCCGGCCAUCUCCAUCUCCGAGAGGAGCACCGACGGGCGAUACCCCGCCGACCUGCCCGAUCUCUCCAGCAGCCCCGGCUCCGUGGCGGAUGAGGAGGCCCUCGAGUUCGACAACGACAACACCGCCUCGACCUCCACCCCGCUGGAUAUUUCCCGUCCGCACAUCAGACGCCAGGAUUCCGUCAACAGCCGGAGCCGGGGCCGCGAACGGCACAUCACCCCUGAUGACCUCGAGAAGAUGGUGACCACGAUCAAAGAGCGGAAGGAUCUGGAGCCGCUCAAGCUCAGCAUCGCACCCCCCGCACCCGAGCCCGAGGAGACCCAGCAAGCGCAGCCAGCAGUGAGCACGCCUCAGUCAACAUCCGCCCUGGGCGAGAGCAGUGCCUCGGCAUCAUCUGGGGGCUCGUCACAGACGACAUCUGACUCUGCGAGCGGCACCUCCGAGAGGAGUACGACCAGUGUCGUCCGAGGCUUCUCGCCUUCUCACAUCAGCUCUUCAUAUCGAUCCGUCCCUCUCCUCAGCGCCCCUUCCUCUAUUCCCGAAGCCGACAUCGCUGCUGCCCACACCGCCAACCCACCGCUCAUGAAGAGGCCAGGCAUGUUCCACCUCGGUGCAUCGUCUGGUGAGGACUCAUUGAGUUCCGACUCAGUAGACAGAAGUGGGCAACCUGCGCAGUUGAAGAAGAAGAACCCCGUCUUCACCUUUGGUGGCUCGUCUAACGAGGACGAGAGCUCCCUCCCCCAGCGAGUCCAGCCACAGAGUGCAUUGGCAGAGAGCAUCCAGGGUCAGCCUAAGAAGCAGACUUCAUUUAAAGAGGAGGUUGCGACCAGGACCAUAUCAGAGGACCGACCAUUUGACGAUGACGUCUUUGAAACCGACGAGGAGGAUGUUGACGAGAGCGCCAUUGACGAUGAUGACGACUCUUCGGAUUGGGAGGACUCCAACGAGGACAGUGGCCAUGCCAGCAUCGAUGAGAAGACCUUCUUCCAACGUGUCGACUCGAGACCCAACCUGACCUCCCGCCGGUCGCUGAUCACCACCAUGCUCCACCAGAACGACCGCGCCAAUGCCCUCGCAGAGGCCGCCGCGCGAUCUACCGCGAGCCUGCAGCGCUCGCGAACAUCCUCUCCCAACGGCCCGUCACUCGCGGCCUCAGCCGACUCCGACGAGGGUACCCCUCUGAUGAUGAAGAGUACUCUCAAGCCCAUCUCGGAGAAUCCUCCUCGAUCGGUCCCCCGACCCAUCCACCGCACUGCGAACAGCACUCCGUACCAGCUCGCUCUCUCCCCUCGGACCACCCGCCGGAACAUGCUGGCAACCGAGUUGACAGUCAGUCUGCGUCAGCACCUGCUCUGGGAGCGACAGCAGAAGUCCCAGACGGCCAAUGCCGUGCUCAAGCGCAGACACACUGCACACGACGUUGCAAACCUCAAGCAGUACCCCGAGAAGGUGCACAUGGACAUGGAUGACAAGGAGGAGAACGAGAGAUGGAACCAAUAUUUCAGUCAGGGUCUCGGCGAAUACCAUUCCAAGGGAUGGUAG